AUGGCGGCUGGCUCCUACCUCCUUUAUCAGCUGCUGCACUACGAUGCCACGAAGCUCCAUGUGGUUGUGUACUGCUUUGGAAGGGGUUUCGCAUACUUGUUUGACAGGAGGACACGAACGGUGACAGAAUACGAGGGUGAGAGUAAUAUUGACGAUGUUAUGGUAAAUUUGGCUAGGACUGGAAUGAAGGGGUAUAUUAUCAUCGAUAUGGCAAGACAACUUCAAGAACCAUCGACUCAUGUUGUGCCCUCUGAUGAGUGGGGCAUCAUUAUGUUGUCGUCCCCGAACGAAAAGAACUUCCAAGCAUGGGCGAAUCAGGAGGGUGCUAUCGAAAUCAUCAUGAAUUGCCCCGAUGAAAACGACGUGAAGGCGAUGUGUGCGUGGGGGACACGCAAUACGACUGAAGAGGAGCAGGCGGAGUAUUGGAGAAGGAUGCACAUGCACAUGCAUGACGUCGGACCGAUUCCACGAUGCAUCUUUCACGAUAAUAAAUAUAGAAAGCGCGUGCGUGAUGCCAAUAACAUCCUGGCAGGUACCGACGCCUCAGAUGCUGUACAUUAUGGGAUGAUUGGAGGUAUGGGAAUGUGGCCCUCGAAUGACGCUUCUCACAAACUUGUGAAAGUUGUCCGAUCAAUAACACAAGGUGAUGUUGAGGGGUUUGUUAACAUGCCGGUCUAUUUUUCCAUUGAAAGCGAAUUAAUUGCAAAGUUGCUCGAAGUGGAUGAGGAGAAUGACAUUAUUUUUCGACUAUUGAAGUACCGGAGAGUGUUGUUGCCGGAACUUUUGGGGCGGCAUACUCUGCACGCAUUCCUGAGUAGAGUCUUUGUGAAAAAUACAAUGCCGGGCCUCAGCGAGUUGCCUCCACCAGGACGUCGUCGGCGACAAAGAUGUGUGCUGCAAUCGAACCCCGAAAAAUAUCCAAGCAGACCCGUUGCAUUAAUAGCGCUGGGCCACACUCCUCCGAUGUUGGAUGUACAAUACAAGGUGCUAUACAUACCGGAGAGCAGAACUUUCCCGCUUGUGGACGGCUUUUUCUUUGUUGGCGCACCGCGGAGGACGAUGGUUGCGGUGCAGGUGACGACGGGGGCUGAGCAUGACACCAAAACCAGCACGGUGAGGCAGUUCAACGAUCUUCCACGGAGUUAUUUUAAUGACUGGGAAACGUUUGCGGAAGGCUUGUCGUGGGAGAUUAUUUACGUGCAACAUGAGGACAGUACGGCAAUAAAAGCGUGGCAGGGGUGUGUUGUCGUCGCGCACGCAAAUGUAACGGGCAGCAAUGAGCGUGAGGACCCUCAGGCCAUUGCGGCAUUUUGGAAUCAGCAGGUGCGUCAGUACCAGGUAGCGGUAUCAGCUGAGAAUUUUAUACAUAAACGACGAACCCAACGUGGGCGACACCCAGAGGGAGAAGGAAAAGGAGGAGGGGAAUAA